AUGGUCAAAUCAACAUUGAUUUUCCGUUAUGAUAACCUCCCGCUUUCAGGAUCGGUGGAUGAUGACAACGAACCCGGUUUGAUCAAGGAAAAGAAGAACAUCAAGCUUCUAAUGGGAAAGCUCUCCCCGAAUUCAGAACCACAGGCCACUAUCGAAUCGGAACAGUACGCUAUCCAUUAUCUCAUUGACAACCAGAUUUAUUAUUUUGUGAUCACCGACAAGUCGUAUCCUAGAAAACUCGCCUUCGCGUACUUGACCGAAGUGUCAACAGAAUUCUACAACUCCCAUGGACAGGAGACCCUCAACAACUUGUCACUUCGUCCGUAUGCGUUCAUUAACUUUGACAAUUUCUUGAGUAAGACUAAGAAAAUCUACCUUGAUCAAAGAACCCAAAGUAACUUGGAUCGUAUCAAUAACGAUUUGAACGAUGUCAAGAAGAUCAUGUCCAAAAACAUCGAAGAUUUGCUAUAUAGAGGCGAUUCUUUAGAUAAGAUGAGCCAUAUGUCUGAGUCUUUAAAAUCCCAGUCUUUGAAGUACCGCAAGGCCGCACAAAAGAUCAAUUUUGAAUUGUUGAUACGACAAUACGCCCCGGUGGCAGUUGUAUCGCUAUUUGCUGUGUUCUUGAUAUGGUACAUGUUUUUCUAG